GGAAAGUAGGAAUCCCUCAGACUCGCUAAAAGCACUGAUAUUCUAGGCUAAUUUCUAAGGAUUCGGUUAUUGCCAUUUGUGAGAACUGCCUGAGGACCAGUGUUUUGGAAAGCUGAUUAAAUGAAGAAUGGAAACUAAAGUGGAGCGUGCUGUGCAGAAAAGGCAAGUGCUAUUUCUUUGUGUUUUUCUGGGAGUGUCUUGGGCGAGUACAGAGCCGCUUCGGUACUUUGUGGCAGAGGAAACCGAGAGAGGCACCUUUUUAGCCAAUUUAGCAAAAGACCUGGGAUUGGGGGCUGGGGAACUGUCAGCCAGGGAAUCUAGAAUCUUUUCAGAUCAGAAAAUACUACUUUUACUAUUCAAUCCGCUUACUGGUGAUUUGAUUCUAAAUGAUAAAUUAGACCGAGAGGAGCUGUGUGGCCCCACGGAGCCCUGUGUGCUGCCUUUCCAGCUGCUACUAGAAAAACCCUUUCAAAUUUUCAGUGCUGAACUAUGGGUCAGAGACAUCAAUGAUCAUUCUCCAGUUUUUCUAGAAAAAGAGAUUUCCUUGGAGAUACUAGAAAGUACCACCCCAGGAUCAACCUUUCUCCUAGAAAGUGCACAGGAUUCAGAUGUUGGAAGCAACAACCUGAAAAACUACACGAUCAGCUCCAAUGCCUAUUUUCAUAUAAAUGUUCAUGAGAGUGGAGAGGGAACUAUCUAUCCUGAACUGGUACUGGAUAGAGCCCUGGACCGGGAAAAAGUUCCUGAGCUCAGUUUGACCCUUACUGCCAUAGAUGGUGGUUCUCCACCCAGAUCUGGGACCACCCAGGUACACAUACAGGUUGUGGAUGUAAAUGACAAUGCUCCUCAAUUUGAACACUCACUUUACAAGGUGCAGGUACCUGAGAAUAGCCCCAUUGGUUCCCUAGUUAUCACUGUAUUGGCUAGAGAUUUAGAUACUGGAAGUUAUGGAGAAGUAGUCUAUGCAAUUUUUUAUGCCACUGAAAGAAUUCUCAAAACAUUCCAAAUCAAUCCGACAUCAGGCAGCCUUUAUCUUAAAGAUGAAUUGGACUAUGAGACAAUGCAAACUUACACUUUAACUAUUCAGGCCAAAGACGGUGGAGGACUUUCUGGAAAAUGUACUGUGGUGGUUGAUGUAACAGAUAUAAAUGAUAACCCACCGGAACUACUAAUGUCUUCAAUUACAAGUCCGGUUGCAGAAAACUCUCCAGAGACCAUUGUAGCUGUCUUUAGGAUUAGAGACGGAGAUUCAGGAAACAAUGCAAAGAUGGAAUGCUCCAUUCAAGAUGACCUUCCCUUCGUUCUGAAGCAAUCUGUAAAGAAUUACUUCACACUGGAAACGGAGAGACCACUGGACAGAGAGAGCCAGGCAGAGUACAACAUCACCAUCACGGUGACAGACAUGGGCAGCCCCAGGCUGCAAACCCAGCACACCAUCACAGUGCUGGUGUCAGACGUGAACGACAACGCCCCCGCCUUCAGCCAGCCCUCCUACACCCUGCUGGUGGGCGAGAACAACAGCCCCGCCCUGCACAUUGGAAGCGUGAGCGCCACCGACCCCGACGAGGGCAGCAACGCCCAGGUCACCUACUCGCUGCUGCCGCCCCAAGACCCGCAGCUGCCGCUCGCCUCGCUGGUGUCCAUCAACGCCGACAACGGGCAGCUGUUCGCGCUGCGCUCGCUGGACUUCGAGGCCGUGCGCGCCUUCGAGUUCGGCGUGGGCGCGUGGGACCGCGGCUCGCCCGCGCUCGGCAGCCAGGCGCGCGUGCGCGUGCUGGUGCUGGACCGCAACGACAACGCGCCCUUCGUGCUGUACCCGCUGCAGAACGCGUCGGCGCCCUGCAGCGAGCUGGUGCCCAGGGCGGCAGAGGCGGGCUACCUGGUGACCAAGGUGGUGGCGGUGGACGGCGACUCGGGCCAGAACGCCUGGCUGUCGUUCCAGCUGCUCAAGGCCACGGAGCCCGGGCUCUUCAGCGUGUGGGCGCACAAUGGCGAGGUGCGCACCGCGCGGCCGCUCAGCGAGCGCGACGCGCCCAAGCACAGGCUGCUGGUGCUGGUCAAGGACAAUGGCGAGCCGCCGCUGUCGGCCAGCGUCACGCUGCACGUGCUGCUGGUGGACGGCUUCUCGCAGCCCUUCCUGCCGCUGCCCGACGCGCCUGCCGACGCGCCUGCGGACGACCGCCUCACCGUCUACCUGGUGGUGGCCUUGGCCUGCGUGUCGUCGCUCUUCCUCUUCUCCGUGCUGGCCUUCGUGGCUGUGCGCCUGUGCAGGCGGCCUGGCCCUCCCGCUGGGGGCCCCUACCCGCUGCCCGACGCGCACUUCCCGGGACACCUGCUGGACGUCAGUGGCACUGGGACCCUGUCGCACAGCUACCAGUAUGAGGUGUGUCUGGCUGGGGGCGCUGGCACCAAUGAGUUCAAGUUCCUCAAGCCCAUUCUGCCCAAUUUUAUGGGUGAAGGGCCUGCUGGGGACAUAGAGGAAAAUUCUAACUUUAGAAACCAAUUUGGGUUCAAUUAGUAAUCUGAUUUGAUAAGUAUUUUCUAAUGUAUAAACUUCCGAUCCCUUUCAUGAACAUAAUGAACUUAUUCUCGCAUGUCUUAUUGUUAUGUUGUUAUUUCAACCUGUGGAAGUGUUUUUCAUCUAGAAUAUGUGGGUGGGAUAAUCCCACUAGUCAGCUCAGAUUUUGCAUGUUUUUAGAGUAUAGAAAUGAUAUUUCAAGUUAUUGGCAGUGAGAGUCUUAGCAAGGCCAAAUGUUUUUUUUUUUGUGUUUGACAUUGAGUUUAUACAUCCAUAUCUUGUUAGGAUUAAAAGAAUUAUAAUUAUUCCUUCUAUGCCUGGAUCUUAACUAUAACUGGAAGUGAUGACUUUGUGUUUUGCUUUAGGUCCACACACACUAGCUCUGUGUCAGGAAUAAUUCUGGCAGAGCUUUGGGUUGAGGGGACCACAUAUGUGGUGUCCCGGGUUGAACCUAGUUGGCCAUGUAUAAGGCAGACACUUAAUCCCCUGUAUUUUCUCUCUGACCCCAGUGCAUAAAGCUUGCUACACUGUUAACUGUUGGAUUUUAUAGUGUUGUUUUGAAAAUACUGUUGCCUUUCUCAAAUGAGUCAUUGUUUUAUCUGGAUUUUUUUCUAAAUUGAAUCUUUUAGAUUAUAUAUUCAGACCACCUGUUAUUAUUUUUUGGUUUUGUUUCUUUGGGUGCUUGGGUUCCCAACUGGCAUCUGCUUGGAGGACCUCUUGGUGCUGGAGACUGAGCCUGGGCUCUUGAAUUCAAAACUUUGCUCCAGCUCUUUGAGUCAUCUUUCUUGCCUAGUUGUUGUUAUUAUUAUUAUUAUUAUUUUGCUUUCUGGGUCACACCUGGCACUGCACAGGGGUUACUCCUGACUUCACACUCAGGAAUUGCUCCUGGCGGUGCUUGGGGGACCGUAUGGGAUGCUGGGAAUAAAACUUGGGUUGGCCACAUGCAAGGCAAAAACCCUACACGCUGUGCAAUCAGUCCAGCCCCUAGCCUAGUUUUUUUAAAAGGCAAAUUCCCUUAAAAAAGAAUGGAAAAAUAUUGGUGGACUAUUAUUUUUUAAAAGUAUUGAUAACUCCCUGCAGUACUCAGUGACUCCACUUGGCAGUCAGAUUUGUUAUGCCUUUAGCAGCUGAGCCUAAACCCUGGCUCCUAUAACUUUGUCCAUGAUGAAUGGUUUGGCAUGUCAGUAACUAUUCCUGUUUUACUUCUAAAAAUAAUAUUGUCACACAAUUCAAUCAUUGAUAACAAAAAUUAAAGCCAAAUAACAUCAUUUCUCAUAGUCAAAAUUUUCAUUAAUAUUAUAAUUUUUUCUGCAUGUGUAUCUUAAUAUAAAUAAUUUUAUAAUUAACUUUUAGUAUUACAAUUAACAUUAUCGAAUUUUACUUGACUAUUGUAAAACAAAGCAAUUUGAAAUGAGAGUUUUAUAAAUAAUCUCUACAAAUUAAAUAAGAUUUUGAUGCAUUUUAAGUAUUAGCAUCACUUAACUGUGUUUCUCUCCUCAUCUUACUUUGUCACUGUCACUGUCACUUCAUUCCAUUGCUCAUCGAUUUGCUCGAUGUAACGUCUCCAUUGUGAGACUUGUUGUUACUGUUUUUGGCAUAUCAAAUACGCCAUGGGUAGCUUGCCAGGCUCUGCCAUGCGGGCAAGAUACUCUCGGUAGCUUGCCAGGCUCUCUGAGAGGGGCAGAGGAAUCAAACCCAGGUUGGCCGCAUACAAAGCAAAUGAUCUGCCGCUGUGCUAUCCCUCCAGCCCAUUAUGGGCUUACUUUAUGAUUUUUGUUAUAUAGAAUUAUCUUUCAAAUUAUUACAACAUUACAGUUAAUUUAUAAAAACAAUUCCCAUAAUUAUAUAGACAUUUUAUGUUUCUAAAUUUUAAUCUAAACUUAUACAAUUUCCAAAUUAACCAAGCCUGACUUCAGGUAAUAAUUUUUAAAGCUUUUAUUUUAUUUUUGCUUGCUAUUUACUUCAAUUUUUCUAAAAUCUUUUUUCUCAAAUAUCAAUUUUUUCUCAAAUAUCAGUUUUUUAAGACAUAAACUUGCAGAUUUCCUCUACUUCAUCCCUUAGUAUUUAAAUAAUUGAGUAAACGUUGUUUAUGCAUGAGUCAUCUUUACAUGGAGUGUCUUUUCUUUAGCUUCAAUAAUUGCCUGAUUUUCUCUUUACUUUCCUGUCUAUAUAUGUUUUAAAUUAUCAUGUACUUGCUAAAGAGAUUCUUUGUAUUAUUAUUAAACUUUAAAGAAAUUUCUCA